UGCUACGCUAAGGGCCUAAUUUUUCGAUUUUUGACAUUUGACAACUAGUGCAAACUGCUGGGUAGCCUGUGGGUGCACAAGACGCGCCAUCAAUACGGCAACUGGUGCAGCGUGCUGCGUUUUGCAUCUUUGCGGCAGUAAAGAGCAGCUAUCUCCACAGCUUUGGCUGCCUCAAAACGCCGACGCAGCGCAACCUAUGCAACCCGCGCGCAUGCGGUCGCCGCGGAACACGGAGGAGGAGGAGGUCUUCCUCGAAAAAGCCGCCGCCGGGCCCAAGGACCACGUGAUGCUCGCGCCCACGAAAGCAGCCGAGCUGAUAAAGGGAGCGCUCUUCUUCGUGGUCUUCUUCGCGGCGAGCUGCGGCUUCACCGCCUCCCAGGAACUCAUCGUGUCGACGCCGGGCUUUAAACCCUUGCAUAGAGGGUUCCUGACGCUGUGUCACUCGGCGUCCUACUGCUGUUUUGCGGGCUUGGAGCUGUUCCGGGACGGCUGGUCGCCCGCAAAACGCACGACGCCAUUGCGAGAUUACGCCAUCGUGGCCGUCUUUUGCUUCCUGAGCGUUUUCCUGGCGAAUGCCUCGCUGGGAUACAUCCAGUACAGUACGCGUGUUAUGGUGAAAUGUCUGAAACCCUUGCCGACGAUGGCGCUGUCCAGGAUCAUGUUAGGAAGAGAGCGCGCCGCUUAUGGGGUCUGGGAAUAUGUGGGAGCGCUGGUGCUUGGAUUAGGCUUGGCCACGGCGACGCUCGACGGGGCCGAUUUUGCUGGAGGCGAAGCAUCACCCAGAUUGGUGCUCGGGGCUUCUCUUGCUGGAUUGGCCAUCCUCGCCGACUCGUUUGUCUCAACUUUCGAGCAGUGCACUAUAUUUGCAAGGGAAACGCGGCCGCCUCCAGCUGAAUUAGUAUUGUACACGUACGCGAUGGCCGCGUUCCAAUCCUUCCUGGUCUUCGUGUCGAGUGACGAGCCGCAGCACGCCUAUACGUUCUUCUCGGCGAAUCCUACUUUAUUAGCAAAAAUGUUUUGUUCCGAAAUUUUUGGCUAUGCCUCCAUCAGCAUGGUCGUGCGGCUCGUCGCGCACUACGGGGCCACCAAUGCCGAAGUCGCGAAGACCGCUAGGAAGGGCGUCGUGCUGUUCUUUUCGCUGGUCGUCAUCGAGGGCAAGGCGAUCAAAGGCGCCCAGGUCCGGGGCGCGCUCGUGUUCCUGGCGGGCACGGCGGUUUUUGUGGAGGCGAAGCGGCGGCGGAAGGCGCGGUCGUCGCGGCCACGGCUCUACCAGCAGGUGUCUACCGAGGGGCUUGUGUAAUUUUCUCGUCGUUUA